AGGGGCCCUCGAGGCCAUCCAGUCCACCCCCCACCCACCCCCGUACAGUCCAGGGAUCCAAACUGCCGCCUGCCGAUCCCGUAUCCUUAAAUCCGGCGCUCUGGGCCUCUCUAUUCGCGGCACUUGGGUGAAUUAAGCCCCUGGAUGAGUUGGAAGUGUUAAAAUGUGAAUUAAAAGGCCUCCUUUAGGCUGUAAGGGAACAAAUUGGGGGGCGACUGCAUCCCUCUCCCCCCUCCUCACCCGGGUGGCCGAUGCCUUCCUUGCAGACGAGGUCGGGGCCCUGGUCUUUGACAUCGGCUCGUUCUCCGUCCGGGCCGGCUAUGCUGGGGAAGACUGUCCGAAGGCGGACUUCCCCACCACGGUGGGCCUGCUGUCCCACGACGAGUCGGCCAUGGAGUUGGACGGCGACAAGGAGACCAAAUCCGGCAAGGUCUACUACAUCGACACCAACUCCCUGCACGUCCCGCGGGAGAACACGGAGAUCGUCUCGCCCCUCAAGAACGGGAUGAUCGAAGACUGGGGCUGCUUCCAAGCCAUCCUGGACCACACCUACAACAAGCACAUCAAAUCGGAGCCCAAUCUCCACCCCGUCCUCAUGUCAGAGGCCCCGUGGAACACGCGGGCCAAGCGGGAGAAGCUGACGGAGCUGAUGUUCGAGCAUUACACCAUCCCGGCUUUCUUCCUUUGCAAGACGGCGGUGCUCACGGCCUUUGCCAACGGACGCAGCACCGGCCUGGUCCUUGACAGUGGGGCGACCCACACCACAGCCAUCCCGGUGCACGACGGCUACAUCCUGCAGCAAGGAAUUGUCAAAUCCCCCCUGGCCGGCGACUUCAUCUCCAUGCAGUGCCGUGAACUUUUCCAAGAGAUGAAUAUCGAAAUCAUCCCUCCGUAUAUGAUCGCAGCCAAGGAAGCUGUGCGUGAAGGAGCCCCCCCAAACUGGAAGAAGAAGGAGAAGCUGCCCCAAGUCAGCAAAUCCUGGCACAGCUACAUGUGCAACGAGGUGAUACAAGACUUCCAGGCAUCCGUCCUGCAAGUUUCUGACUCACCAUAUGACGAGCAGGUGGCUGCGCAGAUGCCCACCGUCCACUACGAAAUGCCCAAUGGCUACAACACAGACUAUGGGGCUGAGCGCCUGAGGAUCCCUGAGGGUCUUUUUGACCCCUCCAACGUGAAGGGUCUGUCUGGAAACACCAUGCUGGGCGUUGGCCAUGUGGUCACCACAAGCAUCGGGAUGUGUGACAUCGACAUACGACCGGGUCUCUACGGCAGCGUCAUCGUCACGGGCGGGAACACCCUCCUGCAGGGCUUCACCGAUCGCCUCAACCGGGAGCUCUCGCAGAAGACCCCGCCGAGCAUGCGGCUGAAGCUGAUUGCCAGCAACAGCACCAUGGAACGGCGGUUCAGCCCUUGGAUCGGGGGCUCCAUCCUGGCUUCUCUAGGGACCUUCCAACAGAUGUGGAUCUCCAAGCAGGAGUACGAAGAGGGGGGCAAACAGUGUGUAGAGAGGAAAUGCCCCUGAGUCGCUGGUCCUGCCCCCCCCCGCCCUCCCUCCCACCGUCUCCGGGACCGCUGCAGCCCUUCUUGGCCUGGGUGGCAAAAUCCACUCCCCACUGCAGUCCUUGCUCUGCCCUCCCUCCCUCCCCUCCCGCCACGCCCCCUGUUGUGCCCAAGAGCCCUCCCCUCCAAGAUUAGGGGGGUGGAACGCAGGGGGCUCAGGAAAGAGAGGCCGCCUCGCCCGUUCUGUGCUCCAACCUUCCUUCGUCCAUUUCUACCGGGUGCCCGGAUGGCACCCCCGAUUUCCUGAAUGGGAGGGAGGGGGGUCUGAGUUCUUAAAAAUUGCUCCUGGUUGUGUUUUGUUUGGGAAGGCCUCUGACCAAAUAAAUAAAUAAAUGUGUGGGGUUUUUAAGAAAAAACAAAAAAGCUUUAUUUCGUCAGGGCGGGGUUUUAAAAGAGGUUUGGCCCAUGCCCUGUCUAAGGUCAGCCCCCCCCCACCCCGCUUUCUUGCACCCGAGUGCCAAAUUCUGCUCACUGAAGGGGCCACCCCACCUCACUCUCCUGCUUCUCUUUGGGGUGUAGGUGGAUUUAAUUUGGGGGCUUGCUCAGCACCUGCAGGCCAAUAGUGCCAUCAUGGGGCAUCUUGAGUUCAGCCAGCAGUGUCCUUCCUGGUCUUCAGGCCUGGUUGGUGCUUGAUUGUGGUCCUUGCCCCCGCCCCAAAGAGCUUCCCCGCCCUCCUUUGCCCACCCAACCUGCUCAAAAGAGAAGCCCCCAGCAGAGAUCCCCAAAUAUAACAGAAGGAAGGACAGCCCAGGACGAGCAUCCUGUGAAUCUCAAUGCUGUUUACUCCAGGACAAAGGUUCUCAACCCUCGGCAACUUGAAGACUUGUGGACUUCAACUCCCACAAUUCCCCAGCCAUCUUUUUUUUCCUCACUUUGCUGAAGUCAAGAUAUAUUACAUGGACCACAUUCCCAGCAUCUAUUAAGAAAGUUACCCUAUCCAAAAAAAAAAAAAAAGUGAUAAAAUACAUAGUUGGGCCACAUUUGUUCUUGUCCAAUAAGUGCUGAAUUUUGGUAGACCCUUGCUGGCUGGGGAAUUCUGGGAGUUAAAGUCCACACGUCUCAAAAGUGGCCACAGUUGAGAAACGCGGCUCUAGAAUGACGAUCUCUGUGGAAGGGAGGGAGGAACGACAAUCAGGAUCACUGUUCCAAACAUGUGUGUCAUAAGGAGCCAGGCAAAUGCCUUAUAGUUUUGACAGUCCUCCUCCUCCUCCCACUGAUGAUGUUCCCUAGUUGGGUCAUGAAACGUCUAUAAGGAAACCUCCCAGCUCAGAGACUCCCAAAAAACCCACAGUCUUCCUCCUCCUCCUCCUCCAUCAUCUCUGCUUUUCAUCCCCAGACAGGAUGGAGGAUGGGCCCCAGCCGGGCUGCCCUCUCAAGAGCUCCCCAAUCCUCCCCAGAGGGACAGAAAUCCACACAAGCCCACCACAUUGUGUUGUGGGUCCUUUUUUUUUUUUUCGCUGUGUGAGUCCCGUGGAAGAGAAACCAGGCGGGUUCCUCCCUCCAGUUCGCUCAGGAGAAUCUGGCGGAGAAGCAGGAGUCAAAAGACCAUCCUCUCAAGGGCCAGCUGGAGAAUAAGGGGACAGAAGUUGCCCCCGGAGGUUGUGGAGGUUUUGAAGAAGAGACUGGACAGCCAUUUGUCUGAAAUGGUAUAUAGGGUCUCCUGCUCGAGCAGGGGGUUGGACUAGAUGGCCUCCAAGGUCCCUCCCAGCUCUGUUAUCCUGUUAUUCGGGCCCUUGUGGGUUCAUUCAUUUGCAAACCAGAAAAGAGGUUCGGUCAGUCUCUCGGGGGCAGCCGUGACCCGUUUCGGUUUGUGGGUCCCGCCUGAUUGGCCAGGCAAAAUCCUGAAAUCCUUCCCCGAGGGCUGUGCUGGUCUCUGUGGUCGGCCAUUGAAGGAUGGAAACAUGAGGAACGAUGGACAAACCAAAGUUCCUGCUGGCUGGGGGAUUCUGGGAAUUGAAGUCCACAAGUCUUAAAGGGGCCACGUUUGAAAACAUUGAUCUAAAAAAUGCAGAAGAGAAUUGAAAUGCAUGUGGGGAGCCCAGAGCACUCGACUCGGAGACCCAUGCCAGAAGGGUUGGGAUCACAACACCCAUCGUUCCAGCACAGAUAUCUGGUCACUCCCUCAGGCCAUUUCUUCGGCCGUCCCACCUCGCAGGGUUGCUGUGAAGAGGAAAGAGGAGAAAUCUGCCUUGAACUCAAACCCUUGGAGAGCAUUGGCAUAUACCAUAUUCCUGAUUGCUUAUUUGUACCCUAUGACGAUCAUUAAGUGUUGUACCUUAUGAUUCUUGAUGAAUGUAUCUUGUUUUUUUAUGUACCCUGAGAAAUUCCUUGUGUGUCCAAUCACACUUGGCCAAUAAAUAAAGAAUUCUAUUCUAGAAUUCAUAUGAAGA